AUGUUUCCAUCCUCAUACAAAUUUUUCACGGCUUUUAUCAUCAUCACCAUUUUUCAAACUGUAAAUGGUACUCCAAUUCCUGGUCCUGCUCCUAAUCCUGAUCCAUCACCUGCGCAGCCUCUUCAAGAUCCAAAUCAUGAUUGCAAACUUUGGGGAACUAAAACAUGUGCUCGUCUUUGCUCAAGAGGUAUGAGCGUGGUGGAUGAUGCAGCUUGUGGUGGUUGUGAGUUCGAUGAAAUGCAAUGGACUUAG